AUGGUAUCUACACUAGGAAUCGUGAUGACCUUAUGCACUCUUUUUGCGGGAUCAUCGUUAGCACAAACUGUAUCCGUAUCUACAAGUAUUGGGGUUAUAAAUGGAAAAAUCGAAAAUAUAACGUUUCUAGGCAAAUCGUCGACAUUACAUAGAUUUCUUGUCAUUCCGUUUGCGGAACCACCUGUUGGCGACCUACGCUUCAAAAAGCCAGUUCCAAAAGCUCCACUGAGGGCACCGUUAGAUGCAUUUCCUCACAACAAUGCUUGCCUGCAUGGGAGCCAAAGACAAAGUGUAACCUAUUCUGAAGACUGUUUGUACCUAAACAUUUAUGCCCCAGAAAGGAAGAGUCAAGUCGAGAAAUUACCCGUGAUGAUAUGGAUACAUGGAGGCGGUUUCGCACUUGGAGAUUCAAAUAUGUUCCUUGGUGAUCGCUUAUCUGUUCAUGGAAACGUAAUACUUGUAACGUUAAGCUAUAGGGUAUCUAUAUUUGGAUUCUUAAGUACAGGAGACAGUGUCUCACCAGGAAAUUAUGGACUGUGGGAUCAGCAACUGGCUAUAAAAUGGGUUCAUGACAAUAUUGCUAGUUUUGGUGGAGAUAUUGGGAAAGUAACUAUCUUCGAACAAUCAGCCGGGGCAGGUAGUGUUGUCUAUCAAGGCUUACAUACAGGAAAUAAAGGAUUGUUUCAAAGAAUCAAAGCAGAAAGUGGCAAUGUAACACCUUGGUGGGCCAGUACGGAUAAAAAUUUACGGUAUGCUAAAACCAUAGGAUCAAAUGCAAGCUGCAAUAUGGACACUUCGAUGACACUCCUCUCAUGUCUACGAAACGUACCGGUCGGCAGACAAACUGAUAGGAUUAAUUGCUAA